CGCUGCCAGGCGUUGGGCACUUCCGGCGGGCUCGGGUUUCCUUCGCCCCGGUAUUUAAAUGGGGCUGCAGGACAUCAGCUGCUGUUCCAUUCAGAGCCGAGCCGUGACAGACCGGGACAGCAAAUAACCUGCAGCGCUUAAAUACAAAAAAAAAAAAACCAAACAUCUCCCUGUGAAUAUUUCAUCUUUGAGAGGAGAACAAGAGUUUGGUUGUGGUGGUUUUGUUGCGGGAGCAGCGGAACAAUAACCGGGGCUGUGACAGCAGCUCGGUGCAUCGUGCUGGUGGGGGGGGGGCAUUCCUCUGCCGGCUCCUCCUGGACCGAACCGAGCUGCGGUAACGGGAUGUCGUACGUGACAGGAAGGAUUUAGGGUUUUAUUUUAUUUACCUUUGUUUAUUUACUGAUAAACAGAUAAACAAGCUGAAGGCAGUGCGGCUGUGGCCCAGGAGGAUAGAGUGGCCUGGACUUCAGAGGACUGAUGGACCGGAUGGUGAGAGAGAGCAUCUGAAGGACUUUUACCAGAAAAUAUUGGAGCUUUUCUUUGUUUUAUAUGUGAAGAAAAAAAAAUCAGGACAAACACCCAAUCGCUCAAAGACUCUAUUGGUUGACAACCGCCCAUCACCAGCAUCUGUGGCUUCACCGGACCAACACCAGCAGCCAUGUUCAGCUGGCUUGGGACAGACGACCGGAGGAAGAAGGAGCCGGAGGUCUUUCAGACGGUCAGCGAGGGCCUGAAGAAGCUCUACAAGACCAAGCUCCUGCCGCUGGAGGAGAGCUACAAGUUCCACGAGUUCCACUCCCCGGCCCUGGAGGAUGCUGACUUUGACAACAAGCCCAUGGUCCUGCUGGUGGGACAGUACUCCACUGGCAAGACGAGCUUCAUACGCUACCUGUUGGAGCAGGAUUUUCCUGGAAUGCGGAUCGGCCCCGAACCCACCACGGAUUCCUUCAUCGCGGUGAUGCACGGCGACACCGAAGGCGUCAUUCCCGGAAACGCUUUGGUGGUUGACCCCAAGAAGCCCUUCAGAAAGCUGAACGCGUUUGGGAACGCAUUCCUCAACAGGUUUGUGUGUGCCCAGCUGCCUAACCCAGUGCUGGAAAGCAUCAGUGUGAUCGACACACCAGGGAUUCUGUCUGGAGAGAAACAGAGACUCAGUCGAGGGUAUGACUUUGCCGCGGUCCUGGAGUGGUUUGCCGAGCGAGUGGACAGAAUCAUUUUACUGUUUGACGCCCACAAACUGGACAUUUCCGAUGAGUUCUCAGACGUGAUAAAGGCCCUGAAGAACCACGAGGACAAGAUCAGGGUUGUGCUGAACAAAGCUGACCAGAUAGAGACCCAGCAGUUGAUGAGAGUCUACGGGGCCCUGAUGUGGUCACUAGGGAAAAUAGUCAACACCCCUGAGGUGAUCCGUGUCUACAUCGGCUCGUUUUGGUCCCACCCUCUGUUGAUCCCUGACAACAGGAAGCUGUUUGAGGCGGAGGAGCAGGACUUAUUUAAGGACAUUCAGUCUUUACCGAGAAACGCAGCGCUUCGAAAACUCAACGAUCUGAUCAAGAGGGCAAGACUGGCCAAGGUUCAUGCCUACAUCAUCAGCUCCCUGAAGAAAGAGAUGCCCUCUGUGUUCGGGAAGGAGAACAAGAAGAAAGAACUGAUCGGCAGUCUGUCAGAUAUCUACAAACGCAUCGAAAGAGAGCAUCAGAUAUCACCUGGAGAUUUCCCAAGUUUGAAGAAGAUGCAGGACUUACUCCAGUCUCAGGAUCUCAACAAAUUCCAGCCUCUGAAACCCAAACUCCUUGAAGCGGUCGACGACAUGCUAUCCAACGACAUUGCCGGUCUAAUGGUCCUGGUUCGCCAAGAAGAAACACAACGCCCUAACCCAGUUGUGAAGGGCGGUGCGUUCGACGGCACUCUGGACGGCCCGUUUGGCCACGGGUACGGCGAAGGAGCCGGAGAAGGCAUCGACGAUGCCGAAUGGGUGGUUGUGCGCGACAAGCCGGCGUACGAUGAAAUUUUCUACACGUUAUCUCCCGUCAACGGAAAGGUGACGGGGGCCAACGCCAAGAGGGAGAUGGUGAAGUCAAAACUGCCCAACACAGUGCUGGGAAAGAUCUGGAAGCUGGCGGACAUCGAUAAGGACGGGAUGCUGGAUGAUGAGGAGUUUGCGUUGGCCAAUCACCUGAUAAAAGUGAAACUGGAAGGACAUGAACUGCCUUCAGAUCUGCCUGCACACCUGGUGCCGCCGUCUAAGAGGAAAAUACCAGAGUAAAUGUAAGAUUAUCCCCAAGUCCCUGCUCCGCAACCUGUAAGUAGACCCCCACCCCCACCACCAACCCCAUCCCUAGUGAAAAGAAUUCCCAAUAGAAGAGGAAGUUUCCUGUAGCAUCAUAGCAAAACACUACAAAUGCAAAAAGUAGACCGCAAAUUCCAACUCCCAUUCUGCCCUGUUGCUUCACCCGCACAUCUGUAGCCUUUCCUUUCCUUCAAGAGACAAAUAUUAGAACAAAAUAUGCAAAUUCAAAUAAAAUCAGCACACUGACUGCAAACCUUUAUAUGACGGAAAAAUCAACAUUUGUAUUUUUUACCACAGAAUUUAGGAUUUGACUUUGUCAACAGUGAGUUAGAUUUAACUGCAACAUCUCUGCUGUGCUUUUACCAGGGUGGAAAAACUGGAUCCGGACGAGUCUUUAGAUCAGUGUCUUCUUUUUUUAAUUCAAGGUGAGAUAUAUUAGUUGUUUGGUUAGAGAUGUUAGCACAACUGAUACAGUGAAUAGUAAAGAAAAACUAAUUAAAUUCUCAACCAUGAAACACUGGAAUAUAGAAAAAUGCAAGUUGGUCGGAACUACUGGAAGAAAAAUGGAGAGAAUGUGAAGACAAAAAGAAGGAAAGUCUUGUUGGAAGGAUUAUUUUAGGUAUAAAAUGCAAAUAACCAGUUUAUCCCCAUUGAAACUGUGUCAUAGUAACUAUUAUAUUAUAUUAUUAUCUGUUAUCAGCACAGUAAAGUACUACAGAGACGACUUUCACAAGACCACCCAAACAUCUUUUAUUUUGAGGUCCUGAAUAAUUUUUGGUCUCCUGAGAAUUCUGGCUUUCGUUUAAUAGAGACAUAUUAAACCGCUUCAAAGACUUCCUGUCAAAUGUCUCGAGAAUACGCACACACACACACACACACACACAGAGACAGAGACAGAGACACAGACACACACACAGAAAUACAGGGUUUGUAUUUUGACAGUGACACAGUUGAGCAUUCUGUGUCACACUCCUGUUAACCCAAAAAGAAAAUGGUCUAAAUCAGUUACUAACUCUUUAACAUGUAAAAUGUGAAGUGCUGAUGUUGGCGUGCGUGUGUGUGUGUGGGACGGCAUUCAUGACAUCACCAUCCUGUAUUGGACAGAAGGACUUUAAAUAGAACUUUCACGAUGAAGGAGGAAAUCUUUUCAAGCAGAAGAGAAACUUCAGAACGUCGAGUGGUUUGUCUCUUCGAGGAUCUUUUGAAACUGUCGUGAAUCCCGUGAACACGUCUGACGAUACUGUGACUUUAAUAUGAAACUGUUCUCUGGGUGUCGUUCGGACACAUCAGUGCUCUGACGUUCUCCGUAUAUAUUGUGGGGAUGAUGAAUGUUGAAUGUUCAUGGUUCUGUGGGGCCACAUACUGAAUCUUGUAUGUAUGUAUGUAUGCAUAUGAACACAGUGCUAUUAUUUGUAAUGUAUGUGUAUCGAGUCUUAAACAUUACACAGGCUACUGAUGAUGGGAUUCUUCUGGUGGGUUAUUAACUGAAAACUGAGAUGACUCUGUUAUUGUUCACUAAACUAACUCUGCAGUCCAGAGAGUGAAGAUGCAGCUUUCUGCUUAUUUUCUGAUAACAAACACUAAUCCACACAUAAUUCAAUGUGUUUCUCUUUUUUUUUUUUUGUUGGUGAAGAAUAUAAUUGGCUUUCUAUGUCAUGUAUAUAAACUGUACACAUGUAAUACAUGUUCCUCACGUGUAUUACUGCCAGUAUAUGGAUUCAUUAUAACUGUAUAUCUCCCCAGCACAAGAUUAAACACUAAACUAAUUAAAAAUUGGAUGAAAAAUAUUCCAAACAUGUUGGGAAAGUAUUAACUCGUUUUGAGCCUUUAGAAUUGAUGUAUUGAAAAUUGAUUUCCAGUUAAUAGUCAUUAACUCCUCUACCUGUGACGUCGCUGUGAUUUUACUGUGAAUCUAAUGUACAUAAGAAGACUACUUGUAUUCCAUGAGCACAGAUUGUAAAAAAUCAUCCAUCUCAUCUCGUGUGCAUUAUGCAUUAUUAGCUCAUAUUUCACAUCCACGUCAGAAGAUAAAAUAUGUGCUUGUUGAAUAUGGAUUCUCCGCAGAACUCGACACGCUGGUUUCAGAUCCUAAGGGAUUGCGAUGUGAAAUAUUGUCUUCUGCUAAAUGUCCCAUGUGAAAAAACACAGGCGUUAUUUUAUCUGUUUUUAAGAUGGCGAUGCUUUGAUUAAUCUGUACUUCACUGCUUUCCUGUCGACAUAAAGAGUCUAAAAGCAUAAUAAAAUUCAUUUACUCAA